GCCCAAGGCGCCUCCAGCGCAUGCGUAUUGGGCAUCCGAAGCCACCGCAGCACGGUCGCCAUUACGGGAAGGCUUUCGUCAGAGUCCGCCUGGCGGUGGCGGCUGGUCCAGCCCCAAGGGCUCAGUCGCUGGGCGUCAUUGGCUCAGGCAUCAGGGCCCUCUUCACCCUCUCCCGCUUCGGUCCGGACGGGCGGCUGUGGCGGCGUCAAGGGGCGGAGCCGUCCGAGCGGCCUUCGCCUGUGGAGGCUGACUCUGUAGGUCCCUAGGUAACUGAGACUGCUGGAUUUCUUCUGCUGACUGGUGCAUCUUAUUACAGAAUGCUGUACUUUCCCAGGAGGGGAACAUGGAGGAGAAGGAAAUGAAUGAUAAAUCACAGACAGUCAGGUCCCAGGAAUCAGUGACCUUCCAGGACGUGGCUGUGGACUUCACCAGAGAGGAGUGGGACCAGCUGUAUCCUGCUCAGAAGAACCUCUACCGAGACGUGAUGCUGGAAAACUACAGGAAUCUGGUCGCACUGGGGCAUCAACUUUAUAAGCCAGAGGUGAUCACUCAGUUGGAGCAAGGGGAGCAGUGGAUGAUGGAAAGAAACAGCCCACUGGCCACUCAUCCAGAUGGAGAGAAUACACCUGAAAUCAAAAAAUCAACUCCAAAUCAGAAUAUUUCUGAUGAAAAUCAAACCCACGACAUGAUGAUGGAGAGACUAACAGGAGACAGUUUCUGGUACUCCAUCUUAGGAAGACUUUGGGAUUUUGAGUACCAGUUAGAAUUGAACCAAGAAAACCAAGAGAGAUAUUUAGAACAAGUAUCUUUCACCCACAAAAAGAUCACACAGGAGAGAAGCCUUGAAUGUAAUAGAUUUGGGGAAAACUAUAAUCUGAACUCAAACCUUAUUAUGCAUCAGAGAAUUCCUUCAAUUAAAAUACCCCUUAAUUCUGACACACAAGGAAAUAGCAUCAAAUAUAAUUCAGACUUGGUUUACUAUCAAGGAAACUAUGUAAGAGAGAAUCCUUAUGAAUAUAAUGAGUGUGGAAAAAUCUUCAAUCAACAUAUUCUUCUUACUAAUCAUAUGCAUACUGAAGAGAAACCCAGUGAAUGUGGGAAGGCCUUCAGCCACAACUCGUCUCUUACUCAACCUCAGAUAGUCCUUACAGGAGAGAAGCCCUACAAGUGUGAUGAAUGUGGGAAAAGAUUCAGCCAGAGGAUACAUCUUAUUCAACAUCAGAGAAUUCACACCGGAGAAAAACCUUUUAUAUGCAAUGAAUGUGGGAAAGCCUUCCGUCAACAUUCGUCCUUUACUCAACAUCUGAGAAUUCAUACUGGGGAGAAACCCUAUAAAUGUAGUCAGUGUGGGAAAGCCUUCAGCCGUAUCACAUCCCUUACUGAACAUCAUAGACUUCAUACUGGAGAGAAACCUUAUGAGUGUAGUUUUUGUGGGAAAGCUUUCAGCCAGAGGACACAUCUUAAUCAGCAUGAGAGAACUCAUACAGGAGAGAAACCCUAUAAAUGUAAUGAAUGUGAGAAAGCCUUUAGCCAGAGUGCACACCUUAAUCAACAUAGGAAAAUCCAUACUCGGGAGAAAUUAUGUGAAUAUAAUAAAUGUGAGGAAACCUUAAGCCACAGUCCUUCACUUACUCAGCACCACGUAAUUCAUGGGGAGGGAAAUCGUGUGAAUAUAUAAAUGUAGGAAAAUUUUUGGUCAGACCUUUUCAUCCCAUUCAUACAUCAAAUUAUUCAUAGUGAAGAGAAAGUUUAUAAUAAACUUUUAAUGCAUAGAAACCAAAUAAAUUUAGACCUUAAAUUAGUAGCAUAUUAUAUUCCCAGGAGAGGUUAUAAAUAGUGAAAAUAAUUUAUUUUAUGAACAAGAUUAUAUAAGUCAUGUUCCAAAUCUGAUAUAAAACUUUUUUUUAAUGACCAGAAAUCCUAUAGGAAAUAACCUGCAAUUAUUCACCGGUAAGUUUUAUGGUAAAGUUUUUAAAUUAUACAAAUGUUGAUUAAUCAAGGCAAUGAUGUAGUGUAACCAGUCACAUAAACUUGAAAUAAACAGAAAAGAGCAUUAUUUCUCAAACUUCAGUCUUUUGUGUGCUUCCUCUACAGUUUUUACCAUAUUUAGUGUUUACUUAAUAUUUUUCUUUAAAGGGACUCAGAGUUUUUAGCCUUGUCCUAGGAAAUAUUAUUUAUGGAAAUUAUGAGUUUUAUAUGCUAAUUAUGUUUAUUCUAACUUCCAUGAAAAUAAAUAUAUAACUUUGAAAUUUAAAAUAAUCCAUCGGUGUACCACCUAAUCUUCUGUACCAUUAUUUGAGAAACAAUGUGAUAUGAUAUGGCAAUAUUCUAUUAUUAUUUUUUCAGCAAUCCUUGCAUUAUUCUCAUCAAACAAGUCCUAGGAUCACUUUAAGAAGAGUCUUGGAGGAGACUGAGGGUCAUUUGAUGAACUUUGAAAACUGAUUCAGAGAAGUCUACUUUUCUAUCCUGUUGUUCUAGUUUUAAAUUUCCCUAUAGCAAACAGAUUUUUGAAUUAAAAUUAUUUUUGCUAUAUUUGUGGGUUUGAAUAGAGAGGAAGGUUGGUAUUUUUUAUAUAUAUAAUGACUAGGGGCUAAGAAUUACUAUACCUCGCUGCACCGCUGUGGAAGAUGAGAAGUAGGGGAAUGUACCAGAGCGUGAGCUGUGGUACCGUGUUGAGGCUAAGAAUCAGGGAAGAGCCCUUACUGGCUUAUAUAAACAACUAAGGAAGUAUUACUAAUUGACUUAAUAAUUCAUUUUAUUUAUUGAAAUAUAUUUAUGUAACACCUUUUUCCAAAAAGAAUUUAAGGUGGUUUAAUUUGAUUUUUAUGAUUACUGCCUUGAUUGACAGAAAUCACAUUUUGAUGUUACAAAGUGUUAUAAAUGUAAACUAUCAUAAGCCAUAAAUAGGUGCAACUCUGGGGCUGCUUGAGUGUCUUGGCUUUCUGUUUUUCUUUCGGUCUUCUUAGGCAUGGCUGAAGAAGCUGUGAGGCUAAGGUAAGAGAGUAGUCCCUUUGCUUUCUCAUCUUUCUUCUAACAUAUCUUCUAGCUCAAGGCUUCCCUGGUUUUCUUCCCGGUGAAGGACUAGAUUUUAUAGGCCUUAAGUCAAAGCUGAAAUUAUUUAAAGAUUUUAAAAAAGCAAAAUACUAAAAACCAAGAAAGUAAUAAAGUGAACUCAUUUCAUCACAGAAGUUAAAUUUUUCAAAGUACGUUUAUGUCCCAUGCAUCAGUGGAUGUGAAAUAGUUAAUAAAACCCUGAGUUACUGUAGUCAAGGAGGAUUUCUAAUAGUAUUUUGUGUUCAAAUAACUGUAUUGGAGAUCCAUUUUCAGGGCAGGUCAGUUCUGGAAGUGUCUGUUCACCAAAAGGAGCUACACUUAACAUUCAUUUGCCAUAAGGAGGCAGAAUAUAGGGCACUCAGAUUUUGGGAAGAGAGAGAAUGAACCAAGGUGAAGUCUCAGACAGGAAGUAAUGAUUAAUUGCAAUUGGUAAAGGCUUUCGUUAAAGUUUAGUUUUGCAACCAGGAACAAAGAAAACCGAGUAUUCCACAAAGAGUCCUAAAGGCUCCAAUACAAGGCAUUGUAUCUCAGUACAGGUGAAAAACAAGAACGAUAAGGGAUUUUCAGAAGAGGAUCAGCAGAAUUUGGACAAUCCCAGAAAGACGUGUCUGGACUGAACCAGACCACAGUUGGCCAAGGAUUUUCACCAAUUCUUCAUAACUAGGAAUUUAAAUUACAAGCCUGUUAUAUAUUCCUUGGGGUCAUAAAUGAUUAUGCUUAUGUUAAUUGUACAGUAAAUUAUGUCAUUCUGAUGUGAA